AUGCUCGACAGACUGUCGUCAGCUCCGUAUCCUGGCGUCCAGCUCGACACUCGCCGUCCAGCUCGAGGUCAGAUCAAUUCUAGUCAGGAAGUUACUCGUCGAUCGGCUAAGUUCCAAACAUCAAUUUGGACCUAUGAAUAUAUACAGUCGUUAAGUAGUGAAUAUAAGGAAGUAAUGUACAAAGAACAAUGCUUAAUGCUAAGAGAAAAAGUAAGGAUGAUGUUUAAGAAGAUGGAAAGUGAGAUUCAUCAACUUGAAUUUAUUGAUGUAUUGCAAAGGCUUGGAGUGGCAUAUCAAUUUCCUAGUGAAAUAAGGAAUAUAUUGGACAACAUUUACAACACACAAACAUCCAAGUUGAAAAAUAACUUAUAUGCCACGUCACUCAAAUUCAGACUCCUAACGCAACAUGGUUAUACUAUAUCUACAGAUGUUUUUGUUUGUUUCCAAGAUAAAAGAGGAAAUUUUGAGAAAUGUCAUUCAUUAUAUGUUGAGGGAAUGUUAGCACUAUAUGAAUCAUCAUUUCAUUCAUUUGAAGAUGAAAUUAUUUUGAAUGAAGCAAUAAAGUUCACUUCAAAAUGUCUCAAAGAGUAUAUGUUGAAAGAUAAUAGAGAUGCCUACAUAUCAAAUCUAAUAAAUCAUACUUUGGAACUUCCUUUACAUUGGAGAAUUCCUCGAUGGGAAACUCAGUGGUUCAUUAAUGUAUAUGAAAGUAAGCAAAAUAUGAAUCCGAUUUUACUACAAUUUGCUAAAAUGGAUUUCAACGUUGUUCAAAGCAUUUAUCAAGAAGAUCUUAAGCAAUCAUCAAGGUAA